CCAGCAGGCAGUAUAGAUCUAUUGUCAAAAUAUGUCUAUGCUAAUAGGCUACUUGUAAAAUAUAGUCGCAGACAGAUAUAAGCACGCAUAAUAGCUAAUAACAAUACUCUUGCUUAAGGUUUAUUUGCCUCUGACUCUUGUUACUAUUGUGAUUUAUAUAUAGCAAAUGAAAGUAAAAGUGUGUUAUGACCGGGGUGGAUCCCAUCCUGUUUAGUUAAAUUUAUGGAAAGUUUUCCUCUCCGCCGUGGACACAUCGCGCUCUGCUGUAUCGCUUCCUCUGGUGCAGGAAGUUUCCUAUCUUGAAGAAAACAAAGGUUUAUUCUUCUUGCUGUUCUUCUUCGACUAAUAUUUCUCUUUGAUCUCAAACAUAAAGAUGGGCACAUUUGAAGACGAUUGUAUAAUAACUCAGGAGGACCUAGAGGGACUUAGGGAAUCCAUAUCUAAUCAGGAUCUUCCAUCAGCAAUAAACACAAUCAAGGACUACCUGAAACAACAAGAUCUUGUGGAGCUUAAUGUUGGUGUGACAGGGGAGUCUGGAUCUGGAAAGUCCACCUUUGUCAAUGCUUUCAGGGGUUUAGGGGAUGACGAUAAGGGCGCCGCUGUUACGGGUGUAGUGAAGACCACUAAAGAUCCCAAGGUUUACCUUCACCCAAAAUACAAUAAUGUUAAAGUGUGGGAUCUCCCUGCAAUAAGAACACGACGGUUCAAAGCCAGCAAGUACCUUCAACAGGUUCAAUUUGAACGCUAUGAUUUUUUUAUCAUCAUUGCUUCAAAUCGAUUCAAAAAAUGUCACACCAAGCUGGCCAAAGAGAUCAUGAGAAUGGGGAAGAAGUUUUACUUUGUUCGUUCCAAGAUUGACUGUACCAUUACUGCUAAAAAGAAGAAAAAGAACUUUGAUCUGAAAAAGAAGCUGGAUACCAUCCGAGAGGAUUGUAAAAAUGGGCUAAAAAAGAUGGGCAUUGAGAAACCUGAUGUCUUCUUGAUGUCUGCUCUGGAGAUGGGCAAGUAUGAUUUAAAUCUGCUGCAUGAGAUGAUAGAGAAAGAGCUUCCACAACAUAAGAGACACGUGCUGAUUUUGGCUUUGCCAAAUAUCACACUGGAGAUUAAUGAGAGAAAGAAGAAAGCUCUGGAGAAAAACAUUUCCAAAGUUGCCUUCCUAGCUGCUUGUAUGACCGCGAUUCCUGUUCGCGGUCUUUCGAUUGCAGUAAAUUUAGGCAUCAUAGUAGCUGAGUUAAAAAAAUACUACAGUACCUUUGGUCUGGAUGAUAAAUAUGGGAAGAAGGUAGAGAAGCUGAAGAAUCUGAUGAUGUCACCUCUACAUAACGGAAUAAACACAAAGUUAAUAACAGACUUGCUGAGUGCUGAAUCUCUUCUAGUAUUAAGAGAUGCUGUUAAUUUUGUUUUGAGCCUUAUACCCAUUGUAGGCUCUUUGACGGGGGGAAUGUCUUAUUUGACUGUCUCAAAUAUGCUGAAGAGAGCACUCAAUGAUAUAGCAGAAGAUGCCAAGAAGGUGCUAAUGGUUUCUUUGGAGUCUGAAAUGUAAAUGCAUUUGAAUUAGACAGCUUUACAUAAAUAUCAACACAGAUAAAAGAUACCAGAAUUUAUACAAAUUAAUUGUAUAAAGGUUUACACUGUUUACAGUCUCAAUUAAUAGAAAAAACACAGCCACACAUAUUUUUGUAUAUAGCAAUGAUUGUUUAUAACAAUUUCAGUAGCAGUUGUUGAAACAAAUUAUUUCCUUACUGGUAAUACUAUUUGUAUGCUAAUAGUGAUCUGAGUCAGAAUUAGGCUUGAUAAUCACAUCCCUUUAUGGGAAUUCCUCAGAAAUCUUGUUAGAUAUCUACUGUAUAUGCCUUUUGGAUUGUGAAUGUAAUUUCUAAAUUGUGUUGGUGAUCAUUUUCAGAGGUUAUGAUCUGGGUCAAUGUAAGACCAGCAAAAUUAUUCUUUGAUUUCAUAAUGCUACACCAAUAGAGAAAUGUUGCUGUAUGUGUAUAUAUACUUUAAAAUCUUCUUCAGAACGCUUUUGGUUUCACAG